AUGGAGUCCAACACUGUGUUGAAAGAUAAGUUUUUCAUCGUCACUCGUGGCAAGUCGCGCAAAGGCUUCAGCCGGGGCUCCAUUGGUCGUGUGGCGUCCGAGACGCAAGGGGAGCUGACGGGGCUUCUGUACGGCGCGGGGCCCCACGCUGGGAGCCCCCAAAAUGGAGGAGUCGUGAGGAGGGAGGACACAUAUCGCCUGACCCGCCAGCAAGCCCAGCUCCUGCUUUUCGUCUCCUCUGUAACUAAGCGCUUCGAGCUGCUGUGCAACCCGCAGUUGUUCUCGGCCAUCUGUGAGCUGACUGUGGACGACCUGGUUGUGGUGAAGGACAAGAAGGGACAUCUCCCAGGACUGGUGAAGAACCUGAUGCAGAUCGGGAAGAAGGAGAACAAAGAUGAUCUGCAGAUGUUGGGCUUUGAAGUGGAAUUUGUGAACCAUGAUGUGACUUCACCUUCUAAAAAAUCUCCCCCUCUACACCUGUUCAGUGCUGCAGAGAUUACUCAGGUGGUCCCAUCUUAUUCUAUCCCCCUUGGGCUGAACUGGAACGCAGGCCAACAUGGAACAAACAAAAAGGCUGUGACACGCAAUAACUCCAUGCCAAAUAUGAAAACGUAUGGACAAGUGAAAACACACCGUACAGAACAGAGCAUCAGUCCGAGUCCAAAUCUAAACACAUCACAUGCACCUUUGGAAGUGGGGUCCAUGGUGGAGGUGAUGUCCAACAUAGGGGUCACAGCACAAGGAGUUGUUAGGUGGCUUGGUGUCCCUGGAGGAAAAACUUCAGAGUGGGCGGGCAUCGAACUGGACUUUGAUGUGAAUGGCUGCUCUGAUGGGACUUACGGGGGCCAGCGCUUGUUCACCUGCAAAAAAAGCAGGGCUUUAUUUGUCCCUGUUACUAAAUGCAGCCCCGAUAGCAGGUUUGUCUGCUCCACCAAUGGAAAUGACACCAUCAGCCAAGCGGAAAUACCACCAGUUCCCCCCUAUGUAGACUCUGAGGACUAUGUGGCACCCAUUGCGGAAUCAGAGGUCGCAUCUUUGUUAGUGGGAAGAAUGAAAGGGAUUCAGGGUCACAUCAACUCCUGUUAUCUGGACGCCACUCUUUUCAGUUUGUUCAACUCUUCUGUGGCCCUGGACAAUAUCUGCCAGAAACCUGCUGACACUGUGCAGCCUGUUGCUUCCACACUGAGAAAAAUAGUUACCCGUUUACGCAGACAAGGGUUCGUGCCAGCUGCAAGCGUAAUGAAUUUUCGCCAUCAGCUUGGCUGCGACUCCUUUCGAACGGAGGAAAAAGAUCCAGAGGAAUUCAUCACACUUCUCUUUCAGAAGGUUCUUGGCAUUGAGCCGAUGCUUAAACUCAGGUCUAGCAAUGAAAGUUGUGAGGGGGCAUACACAUUCCAGAUCUUUUUGGAAAAAGAGCAGAUGGCACAAAUACCCACAGUUCAACAGCUGCUGGACACUUCGUGCCUGUCAUCCGAUGUCAAGUUUGAAGAGAUACCAUCCUGUCUGAUAGUUCAGAUGCCAAGGUUCGGAAACAAGUAUAAAAUGUUUUCUCACAUUAUUCCCUCCGUGGAGCUGGAAAUCACGGAUCUCCUGUACAACUCUUUUAGGCAAUGUUUUAUCUGUGGGCAAAUGGCUGAACACGAGUGUCUCCAGUGUCUGCCUGAUCGCAAAAUGGAUCCAGGAAGAAUUAAACAAUACUGCACAACCUGCAACACACAGGUGCACAGACAUUCCUCACGUCAGGGGCAUUCCCCCAAGCCGCUAUCAAUUCCAGCUGAGGUAGCCUCAGCUUCCCUCGCUCCUCGUCACACGAUGCAGCUGUUUGCGGUGCUUUGCAUUCACACCAGCCACUAUGUAUCUUUUGUGAAAUUCGGCCCCGACCCACACUCCUGGCUCUUCUUUGACAGCAUGGCAGACAGAUGUGGUGAUGACGAAAGGGGCUUCAACAUCCCAGAAAUUCGAGCGUGUCCAGAACUUGGUGACUUUUUGGCCCAGUCUGAGGAGAUGCAGGCACAGGUUAACCCCUCGCAUGCCCCUGAACUCGUGCGUAGGUUGCUGUGUGACUCCUACAUGUUUUUAUACCAGUAG